CCACUUCUUUGCUCCUGAUUUUCCUGAAGAGUUCCGAAGCCCAGAAGAGAGAACCUUUCUUGGAAGCAAAGGAAGUCAUCCCACCAGCGCCGCCGUCGCUUCUCUUCGUUAGCAUCUUGGAGAAAAGCCCCCGCGUAGUUCUUCCGUGGGAUCUUCGCCGAGAGGUUCUGAUCGAGAGACUUCGCCGCUCACUUUAAGAAGCGCACCGUAUCUUGCGGAGCAGAGGAGAAAUACCAUGACACUGCUUCUGAGGUGUUAUUUCUUGCUUUUGGCUCUUAAUGCAUACCUUAUCCUUACCAUUCAGGCAGAAUGUACAAAAGAUUGUGCAUCCUGUGCCCAUCAAUUGGCAUAUCAUGCUGAUAUCAACCCCUUGGCAUGUACACUAGAAUGUGAAGGAAAAUUGCCUUCUGCCAAAGCCUGGGAAACCUGCAAGGAACUUCUUCAGAUUACUAAACUGGGCAUUCCCCAAGAAAGCAGCAGCAUCCCAAUGGACAGUCCAAAAGAAGAUGAAAGCCAUUUGCUAGCCAAAAAAUAUGGUGGCUUCAUGAAAAGGUAUGGUGGCUUUAUGAAAAAGAUGGAUGAGCUCUAUCAUGUAGAACCAGAGGAGGAACCCAAUGUUGGAGAAAUUCUUGCUAAAAGAUACGGAGGGUUUAUGAAGAAAGAUUCAGAUGAUGAUGGUUUAGCUAAUUCGUCUGAUCUUCUGAAGGAGCUUCUUGCAACAGAGGAAAAUGCUGAAGUAGGACGCUAUCAGGACUUGAGUGAUAGUGAUAGUGAGAUCCUCAAGAGAUAUGGUGGUUUCAUGAGAAGCAUAAAGCGCAGUCCUGAGCUGGAAGGUGAUGCCAAAGAGUUACAAAAGAGAUAUGGUGGAUUUAUGAGACGAGUGGGAAGGCCAGAAUGGUGGUUGGACUACCAGAAAAGAUAUGGUGGAUUUCUCAAGCGGUUUGCUGAUACGCUUCUUCCUUCAGAUGAUGAUGGAGAAAAUUAUUCCAAAGAGGCUCCAGAGAUGGAAAAGAGAUAUGGUGGAUUUAUGAGAUUUUAGCUUUCCUUAUUUUGUUCUUUUGAUCCCAAAUCAAAGACUGCCUCAUUGACCAUAAUUUAUUGUAAUGUGUUGCUUGUACUGUACAGUUUUUUACUGUCCUGGUAAAUAAUGCAACUUAUUGUGUUUUAUUUCAGGUUUUGUGCUCUUUUAAGUUAAAAAUAAUUUCUGUUUUAGUCUAAUUUGUCUAGUUGUACCUUCAUGCUAAAUCUACUGUAUUUUAAUUA